ACACUGACAGUUGUGUAAUUCGCUAGCGAAAAUGACGUGGUGUAAAAGGUUAUAAAUUUGUUUUAAUCCAUAUUUACAAAUGUAUUUUGCAAUAUAAACAGUUAAUACUACUAUAUUAGUCGUAAAACUGAUCAGGCUUCAAGAUGAUAGAAAUAUCAGAUAUACAGAAAAUUGGUGUUGGCCUGGCUGGUUUUGGUAUGACAUUUCUCUUCCUCGGAGUCCUGUUGCUCUUCGAUAAAGGGCUAUUGGCUAUAGGAAAUAUCCUCUUCAUCAGUGGUCUAGCCUGCGUGAUAGGGCUCCAGCGGACAUUCUUCUUCUUCUUCCAGAGGCACAAAGUGAAAGCGUCUGCUGCUUUCUUUGGCGGCAUUACAGUUGUGCUGCUGGGAUGGCCCAUGUUUGGCAUGAUUGCGGAGAUAUAUGGGUUCUUGCUGUUAUUUAGAGGGUUCUUGCCCGCUGCAGUCAACUUCCUCCGAAUGGUUCCAGUAUUGGGGUCGCUUCUUAACCUGCCAAUAAUAAGUGGGAUUGUCAACAGGAUAGCAGGCGACAACGGCCGCAAUAUGGACCUUGCAUGACGAUCCCAUUAUGGAGGGGGCGACUGACUAACGAUAUACCUCUACAUUCCAUGAAAAUUGUACAAACCAACGAAAUCGUGUGGAUUUAAAAACAAAUAAAUGUUUAGGCUCUGUGGUAUACUUGGAUGAUUUCUGUGCCUCAUUUGAUUAAAAAAAAUAUUAACUUAAAUUUCACAUAACCUCUAUUUAUUUAUCAUAAAAAUUAUGAGAUUUGAUAUUUCUAUGUCCGAAACGAUUUCUGUCUGUUUUUAGAGAGAAUUUUUUCUACUAUGUCAUGUUAUGUAAACAGUCAUUCAAUUACAUUUUUCCUUCUGAAAAUAUUAAAAAAUAAUAAAAACAUACAUUCAUA